AUGCUGUUUGCGGAUGAUUUUGUCAGUAUGUCGGACACCCCUGAGGGACUGCAACUGCAAAUUGACGCGGCGAAGAAGUUUACUGAUAAGUGGAGAUUGUCUGCCAACGUUAAGAAGAGUACUGCUGUCUGUCAUGGUAUUCAACGAGAACAACCAGUAGAACAUAGAUGGAAGUGGGGGAUCGAGGAGAUUGCAGUAGUGGACCAGUACACAUACCUUGGAGUAGAGAUCGCAAAAGACUGCUCGUGGAAUGCACACAUGUCCAAGGUAGCGGAAAAGGGCAAAGCACGAGCAGGGAAGCUGCACCCAAUACUCGCAAACCGGCACCUCGAUACAAGCAUCAAAUCGACGGUUUUGAAGAGCGUGAUCGUACCGACGCUAGAGUACGCCGGAGAAGUAUGGGAAGGAAACAAGAAGGUAGUGAAAGAACUCGAGGCGGCGCAGAUGAAAGCAGCGAAAAUCAUCCUAGGAUGCUCCAGGCGCACAAGUAAUGCAGCCGUGAGGGCAGAAUUGGGGAUCCAAUCCCUACGGUCGGGAAGAGACGCGAGGAAGCUGACCUGGCAGUAUCGCAUGUGCGGGAUGGGAGAGGAGAGGUUGCCGAGAAUUGUAUGGGAGACGAAGUGGGCAAACAAAAUGAGGGGUAGACAACCCACGGAAUGGGUCAAGGUUGUAGAGGACGUAUGGAAGGGGCUCGACAUCGACGAAGACGAAACGCUGGAAACGGAGGGUCUACAGGGGUUGAAGGAGAAGAUAUACGUUGCUUGUGCCGAGAGAGAAGAACAGAAUCUGAGGAAAGAAUCCAAGGAUAAGGAGGGUCUAGAAGUGUACGGAAUGUUGAAGGAAGGAAUAGGGUUCAAGGACUACCUACAUGGACCAAUGGAUGCAGGAACAAAGCUUAAGGUCAAAUUCAGGACCGGGGACAUGGGCCUUCGAGAACGUCGACGACGACAUAAGACGGUGGACGACGAGGACGACGAGUUCCAAUGUGAUUGCGGCUUCGAAUGCGAAGACCGUGUUCAUGUAGUCGCGGAAUGUCCGUUGUACAAGAAGGAGAGGGAAGUACNCGAGAGAGAAGAACAGAAUCUGAGGAAAGAAUCCAAGGAUAAGGAGGGUCUAGAAGUGUACGGAAUGUUGAAGGAAGGAAUAGGGUUCAAGGACUACCUACAUGGACCAAUGGAUGCAGGAACAAAGCUUAAGGUCAAAUUCAGGACCGGGGACAUGGGCCUUCGAGAACGUCGACGACGACAUAAGACGGUGGACGACGAGGACGACGAGUUCCAAUGUGAUCGCGGCUUCGAAUGCGAAGACCGUGUUCAUGUAGUCGCGGAAUGCCCGUGGUAA